GCCGUUGCCGGUAGCGCGCCAACUUCAUAUGUGUUCAAUCGGUACACGAAUCAUGUAUAAAAGAUCUAAUUAAUGAUUGCAAAUGAUUAUGAAUAUGAAAAGAUUCUGCGUAAAUUUUAAGAUGCAUCAGUUGCCGCAUAAAUCAUAAUCUAUAAUAAUUUGUUUAUCAAUUUCUAAAAUAACGGUGAAGGAAAAGACAUGAAGAAAAAAAUUCUUACAGCAUUUUAUUUGAUACUGAACAUCUUCUUUUCUAUUGUAAUUGUAUUAUUAAAUAAAUGGCUUUACAUAAAUGUUGGUUUUCCAAAUAUCACACUUUCUAUGAUACAUUUUGUCGUCACUUUUAUUGGAUUGAUAAUAUGUGAAAAAUUUGAUGUUUUCUGUAUAAAAGAUAUUGCGAUCAAGGAAAUGUUCUUGAUCACUGUAAUAUUUUGUGGAUUUGUCGUGCUGACCAACUUAAGUUUGGAGCACAAUACAGUUGGAACUUACCAAGUAGCUAAAAUGCUGACAACUCCUUGCGUGAUAAUGAUGCAAAUAGUAUUUUAUAGAAAACAAUUUAGCAUAUUUGUAAAAUUAACACUGAUUCUUAUCACGAUAGGAGUAGUAAUUAAUUUUUACUAUGAUAUUCAAUUUAAUAUUAUUGGAACCGUAUAUGCAUCAAUGGGAGUAUUUCUAAUGUCUUUAUACCAAGUGAUGAUAAAUAUUAAGCAAAGAGAAUUUCAAAUGGAUCCGAUGCAGUUGUUAUAUUAUCAAGCACCUUUAUCCGCUGUUAUGUUAUUCUUCGUUGUGCCAUUCUUAGAACCUGUGGAACAGACAUUGACAAGAAGUUGGUCAUUAAUAGACUUAAUCAUGGUCAUAUUAUCGGGUAUAGUAGCAUUCCUUGUCAACUUAACAUCCUAUUGGAUAAUAGGAAAAACAUCUCCAUUAACUUAUAACAUGGCAGGACAUUUCAAAUUUUGCCUGUUACUUUUAGGUGGAUCGUUACUAUUUCAUGAAACCCUUAAUAUAAAUCAAGUAAUUGGUAUAACUUUGACAUUGAUUGGAAUUAUUUUGUAUGCACAUGUUAAAAUAUAGAAAACAGAAGAGGAACAGGGGAUACCAGUAUGAUUUUGUAUAACCGUUUGCAUAAACAAUAAAUAACAAUUUUACUGGA